CGUUUUGUUUAUAUUUUUAUUGUUAUCUUGCGCGGGCAAAUUCGCUUCAUAUAGCCUAGCACUGAUUUUCUUAUUUAAUAUUCUAGUUAUAAAUAUUUCACAAUUCUCUAUAAUUAUAUAUAAGUAACUUAAUAUAGUUAUAGCUGUAGUAUUAACUUGAAAGGGGUAUAGCCUUCUAUAAGUAGAGUAUAAGUAAUUAGUACUUUCAAGAUGCCUGGACGACAGCGACCUAAACCUAGACUUACGAAAAAAGGAAAGAAAGCUCAAAUUUUAGCUUUAGUAAAUGCUGCAAAGCUUGCUACUAAUCUUCUGGAUGAUUUAAAAGAGUGGACGACUUAUAACAAGCAUGACAUGAACUUAAAAGUAAGCUUCAGUAACGCUAAAGAUUUGAAAACCGAAGAAGUGAAUCAAAUAUUCGAUUUGCUUCAAAAGAAUAUGAAAGAUCUGUAUGAUAAAAGUGAUUGGGGCUGGAAUGCAGACGAGAAAAUGUCUGAACUCACUUCUGAUGAAGCCAGAUUUUUGGUCGUUAAAGAUUCCGAGGAUAAAUUAGUCGGAUUCACACAUUUCCAAUUUGAUGUUGAAACAAAUUACCCUGUAUUGUACUGUUACGAACUACAAAUUGAAAGUGACUAUCAGCGAAAAGGUCUAGGUCGAUUUUUAAUGAACAUUUUAACACUUAUUGCCUUUAAAUUUAAGUUGGUUAAAGUGAUGUUAACUGUGUUUACAAACAACAGGGCAGGGAUAAAUUUUUACUUGAAAGCUCUGCAGUUUAGACGGGAUGAAACGAGCCCUUAUGAGGAAGAAGAAAGAUGUUACAUUAUUCUUUGUAAAUUUGUGGACAAAAAUGAAGUUAGUAACAUAAAAAGCAUUUAGUAAUUUGUAUAUAGUGCUGCUCUCAGAUACAAGGCAUUUCUCAGUGUGAACUAAGAAACUUAGUUUUCGACUCAUUUAAUAUCAAAUCAUUAUUAGAUUGAAAAGAGAGCUAUUUUUGUUUGUCUAUUCUCAUAUCAAUUGGGGAGAUUUCCAUGUCGUGAUCUGUGGCAGAAUAAUUGUCAAGUCUUGGCUAGUUCCGGGUAGCGGCCAGCGAAAAACUUGAAGAAAAAAAAGUAUCGCAGAAAGGGUAUAACUCGUAGUCGCCACCCGGCAAUCAUCUACAUGUUUUUUAUAAAAUUGCAAUUUAAAAAUCUAUUUGGCACCUUGGCUGACGAUCGUAGUUGGUGUGACAGAUCAUGAUACGAAAAAAUCUCCUAUUAAUAAAAGUUACCAACUAUAUUUUUGUAUUGGUAUUCUUUGGUGUUUAAAUAUCUCUAAAUUAAGGUUAAAGUAUUAUCCAGACCUGAUUUCGCUAACGUAGUCAUCAAGUUGAAAUAAAAAUAUAAGGAUGAAAUGACUGAGAUAAUUUAUGUUGUUAAUUAUGUUUGAGGUGUCCGACACAAUUUUUUUUUUGAAGACUGCCUUAGUUAAAACUAUUUUUGGUAAACAGGGAUGUUAGAAAUUUAAAGUAAACUUAAAAAAAUGUAGAAAAUAAUUUAUACAUAUUUUGGGGAGAUUUCCAUAUUGUGAUCUGUGGUAGAAUAAUUGCCAAGUCUUGGCAACUUCCAUGCAGUGACUAAUGAGAAACUUUAAAAAAAAUCACAGAAAAGGAACAAUUUGAAAGGUAUAACUUGUAGCCAUCCCUGGGAUAAAAUAAGAAGUAUAAAAUUUUUAAUUUAUUAGUUAUAAUUAAUGUUAAUUUUUUUUCUGUGAAACUGCCUUAAUUAAAACUUUAUUUUUGGUAAACAGGGGUUUUAGAAUUAUAAAUUUAGAGUAAACUUAAAUAAUGUAUGAAAUAAUUUUUCAAAAUAAGAGCAAAAUUUAGUAUAAAAACUGCAGUUUUUUAUGUCCCUCUAACCACUAUGCAACAAUUGUAAUUGUGUCAAAAUAUAUUUUUUUUUCCAUAUUAGAUCAAUAAUACAGUUACCUAUGUUUUGAACUAAAAAUCUUAUUUAAAAAAAUUCUUGACAAUUUAUGAUAGCACUACUUAAUCGCCUACUUCGUGUUUGUGAGCCUUAUGUCACAGAAUUUGCAAUAGUAAUUUACUUUAAGUGUAAUCCAUUUUUAUUUAGCCUCACACAUUUUACAUUAUCUCAUUUUUACUGUUAUUUGUUUGUAUGAACCAUGUUUUUUAUUUUAAUAAAAUGACAGAGUAGUGCACUGAAA